AUGAAACAUAAUAACAAACAAGUCGGAUCCGUUUCUGAAACAGGUACAACCCGAACCGACUUUGAAUUUCCCACCGGUGUUUUAACUGAACUACCAAACGACGUCGUUUUGUUCGGAAAAGUUAUAACACGCAAAACAGAACCGCAAACAAGAAAAGAGAACGCGGUUGUUCCCGGAAUUCGAUCACCGUCCGGCAAGGAAAGCCGGUGCCGGAGAAGUGGUAGUGAGAGGAAGAGAUAUACAGGUAUAUUUGGGAUGGUGAAGUUUCCGUUACAAAUGGAACUGAGUGAUAUUAAGAUGAGGCAAGAGCGUAAGGAGCCGGUGCCGCUUCCGAAGUUUAUGUCGAAAGAGGACGGCGGUGGAGAGAGCUGUUGGGAAAUGGUCCGGCCGUUGCGGCGGCGGGGAACUAUUAUCAGUGCUUUGAAGGCUUCGUUUGGAUGCAUUCAUAUAAAAUUUUUAUAA